AUGUCCCAUCAACUAUCAGAAGCAUUCCUGAGAAUUAGACCAGCGUGUAUAGAGCUGUCGGGAGAAGCUUUCUUGCCAGCAGCUUCCUUCAAUCCUCAGUCUACAUCAUUACUUAAUGCUCUUCGGUCAGUAGAACAUGAACUUGAGAAAUUAGAGGAAAACAAGACUUUGGCACCAGCAUUUGCGGAUUAUGUGUUUGUUCCCAUAGCACACUUGUUGCAACACCAAGGCUUAGGCACAAGCCAAACAGAACUUGUUCUGCUCAUCAUUGGACACUUAUUGUCGCUGUCAUGGUCAUCAGUGGGCACAUUUCCGUUAGCAUUGGCACAGCAGCUCUUUCCGCUACUCACUUUCCUAAUCAGCAAUGACAAGGAUAACAAGGAAUUGCUAGCCAAGCCCAUGGAGUUCCAGCUGGCUGGAUGCAUCGCGCUAGACAGACUCUUCGAAGCACUGGCGGUACAGAAAUCGAACGACGUGUACAACUAUUUCGUUGAUCCCAAGGCUCUGCCUUCUUUAGGGCACUCUGUGACAAUCCUUCUUGAUGUCCUGCAAAAUAAUGAUGACAAUGCCGAUGUACAACUUCAGGCCAUAAGAGCUUUGCACACACUGUAUGUUGAGUUAUUGCAUGAUGGCGAAAUCAUCUCGUUCAUUUUGCCUGGCAACGUUUCCGCAUUCUCGAAAUUACUACUGAAGCCAGGAUUGACCGUAAAAUCCAGUGUGGUGUGCUCAACUCUGCGGCUUUUCGGCGCACUACUGUCGUUGGUAUACUCUGACACAGGCCUGCAUAUCGCCAAACUUCCUGCUCCCGGUCUGCAACAACGACUGGCUGAGACGAAAGAAACCACAGUGAUCAACAGGAAGAUUGACGAGAGCUCGUUCGGGAAAACACCUUUGCAUAGGAAUAACAAGUGGCUAACUGCAACAACUGGCCAGGUGAAAACUGCCCUGGAAGCGGUCCUUCCAAAGCUUUUACACAGAGAGAGUGCUAGCAUCAAGAAAGCUGUCAGGGAACUCUUAGAGACCCUUUUGAAAAGCUGCCACGUUUCCCUCAGUAAUUGUCUUGAGCUGUUUAUCGCCACUUCUUUGGACGCUAGAGUGCCGCCAUCGGUGCUAGUGGGUUCACCAGAAAACUCGCAUACCCUCAAACGCAUAGUGGAAAAACAAAUUUCGGAGUUUCCCCGAGCUCUGCAAUUCGAGAGUGUAGAUGGCCUCAAGAGAUUUGGUUUGGCCAUAUCGGCAAUGGAACAACAAAGUGAUCGCGAUUUUGAAAUGAUAGGCAGGGCGGUAUCCGUACUUCAACAAUCUUUCAGCGAAUACCUCGAACAAAAAAAUCUGCGUUUCAGUGAACGAAAAGUUGUGGAGCAAAGCUCUCUGGUAAUCGUUGGACAAGAACUUUUCACUCAGACUACCCAAAUUCAACAACUCUUCCCCAAGGUGUCAAAGAAUCUUGAAGAUACCCUUUCUGAACUAUUCCAAGCCAUUGGUUCGUACUGCGGCAAAGCUCAAACAGACCGUUUGGUGACAGAUCUUUUGACCAAGAGCUACGCAGAUGAAGCUCACGGCAAAGCGAUGGGCACAUGGAUAUCGAGCCUUCUGAUCAACGGUUUUACGAAACAAGCCAAUGCGACAGGUGAUACUAUGGAUGAGUUUCUAGUACUCGAAAAUGAAAGCAAUGAUGUACCAGAAGCAUGUUACAUGGUGUUGCAAAGCAGUAUAGAGAUCCUAAACAGCUUGUCACAAAAUGGACAUCAGAUCACCAAGAAUGAUGAACUUGACGCCAUGGUGAGCCUUUACGCCAUCAAGCUGAUGAAUGACUCGAUGAAUGCAGAGUUCGAAGAAGAGCUUAUCGAUUUGCUCUUCCCCGUGGUCGAUUGCUUGGCCUCAUCGUCUCCUGCAAUUAGAAAUGUUGCUCAGGUAACUACUAUGGACAUUGCACGAGCUCAUUACGGAGGUUCCGUCCGCGACCUGAUUUGGGAAAACAUGGACUAUCUAAUUGACGCUAUUUCCACCAGACUGAGCAAUUGCAUGACGCAGAGGAUUGCCACCUUGCUCAUGGUAAUAUGUCGAAUUGGAGGCUACGAUACGAUUAGAAGUUUUAAGGACGUUCUUGAGACAAUCUUUAGACUUCUGGAUUACUAUCAUGGUCAUGAGGAUCUAUGCAUAGAGUUUUUCCAGCUGUUCGAUAUUGUCGUCAAUGAGAUGGCCAAAAGAUACCUAUGCGGAAAUGAGAGUAUGCCCAAGCUAGAAUCAGGCGAACAAGGCCGGGGCGGUUUUCAGAACUGGGGACUCCGGAACAUACAGGAUGUUAUGCGCGUUCUGAGCGAGCUUGAAAAAUACAGCACAGCGGGAAAUCCAGCGCUCGAGGAAGAGGAUGUAUCCGGUCCUGGUAACUUUGAUGAAUUUUUCAAUUCCAAGUUGAGAGAAGUAGAUAGCGAUGAUGAGGACGACGACGACGACGACGAAGACGACGAUAACGGCGAUGACAACGAAGAAAUGGCAGAAUCUCAAAACUCAACGAAGGAGAGCGGUGCUCUUCAUGACUCUGAAAAGUGGAGCUCCCCCAUCCCGCGUGACUCCUACCGCUUGCUACUGCAGAUUGCAGGAUAUGGUGACAGACUUUUGACCCAUGAGUCGCGCGCUUUAAAGGUACAGAUCUUGCAAUUGGCACGUCAUGUAUUCCCCAUGCUUGCCACAGAAUAUGACAUGCUUCUUCCGCAAAUCGCCAAAUCGUGGGACCUUAUCGUGCACAUUUCAAUGAGUGCGGAUUUUUCACUGGUGAAGCCGGCACUCGAAUGUGUGACAGUAAUGAUCAAGCACUCCGGUGACUUUGUCACCAAAAGGUUUAUCGAUUUGUGGGGUGCUUACAAGAAAGAUUCCGCUCUUCUACAGAGUGUCAAUCGAAAACAGAAAAAUGCGGGAAAUAUGAGGGUUAACGCACUCACCAAGGCCGACACGCUGCCUCCUAACAUUACUACAGAAGCGCUUAAGUCCAUGGCCGAGAUGCUCUUGGAAGGAAUCAGCAGAACAGAGCUAUUCAUAUCCGAUGUCCAGCUUCGAGAAAUGGUUUACGUUUGCUUGUUGGUUUUACCGGCAGAAGUAGUUGCAUCUCGUUCACUUAUUCUGGGAGAUAUGGUGGCAUCUUGUCUGGUAUAA